UUGUGCCAGGAGUUGAACGAAGCAAUCCAAGUGCAACAAGAGCAGAUCAUUCAGGCGAGUCGCGGAUUAGACUACUGUCAUCAGACAGAGCAGUUCUGCCAAUCGAUUCAGGAAAUCGAAUUUCAAAAAGCUCUCCUCAUCUCAAACAAUAAAAUAUUUUACUUCAUAUGUCUGCUGAAAUACCGUGAUUUGCUGCUGGCGACACCACUAAUCAGCAGCGAUGACGCGCUGAAGACUGGAUGUCUAGAAUUUCCAAACUACGUACAGAUGAGUAACCUGCCGCACGACUUCAACCUGGAAGUGAAUUUGUACGCUUUGGUAAGUACCAGCGCUUUCGGCGUACAAGACACCUGCUUUCAAUUGAUGGGUCAAGUUGACAUAAGUCUGCCGUCGAUUCGGCAGCGGAAGUUUGCUCUGCAGGGGGUUAUCCGGUCGGCACCGAUUGAAAACGUCAUUUUUAUGAAGCUACGCUGCUGCAUCGAGGGCGUCGAAUCGGUGGAAAGGCGAGGAUUUUUGAACAUUUAUGAGGAGCUUAGUGAUUUGGGCGCCUGGAGUCGUUACUGGUGCAUCAUGCGAGAUGGAAUGCUGAAGUUUUGGCGCUAUCCUGAAGACGUUGAACAAAAUCCCAUCUUCUCGAUCAAUCUUAGCCACUGCAGCAAAUUCAUCGAGUCGUUAACCAGUGACGUUUGCGCAAGACCAAAUACGAUGGAAAUGGACGUGUCUGCUUCCGGCCCUGAUGUGCCUUCUAAAAGGUACCUUUUGUCCGCAGAAACCAGGGACGAGCUAAAGAAAUGGGCUAACAACGUGAAAGUGACGCUGCGCGAGUUCCGCAUGUGGAAUCCUGAUUUGAGCACCGUAUCGGACGUCUGA